AUGGCCAAUGACCUCUCGAGACGCAUCUCGCCCACGCCUGCGGCUGCAGAUGAUAUAACGCAGCAAUUGACUAUGUUUGCCCAUGAUAACCUCGAUUUAUAUGUAUCACGGCUGCAGGUUAUCCUGACCGGUCAGGUCGACACCGUUGCAGAGAUGCAGAGGAACAGAUUCCUUCAAGAGCAGACGCUUCAGUUGCAGCAGCAAUCGGACGAGAACCAAAAGCAAAUGCUACAGAUGCAGGAACAGCUGGACUAG